AUGGAGCUGAGUGCGAGCUAUGGGUGGUGCUAUUCGGACGCCGACCUGGCGGAGAUGGAGGGCUUUCAGGCGCGCCAUAAAAAACUUGGUCGCGAGCGAGCAGGCCCAAACCUCAUCCCACGCCCCGCUCUGCAGGAGUCACUGACCAACGCGACGCGGUCUUACAUGUCGGCGGAGGAGCUGUCACAGCUGCGCACGACGCUCGAGAUCGCCUAUCAGUCGCGCGUCCCCGACGCCGCCGCCUCCGAGGCCCGCCUGCGCCACGCGGUCGCGGUGGCGCGCGUGCUUGCCGAGCUGCGGAUGGAGGUGACGGCGGUGACGGCGGCGGUGCUCGCGGGCGUGUGCGACGACUCCGGCAUCACCUACGCGCAGAUUGAGUCGCGGCUGGGCGCCGCCGUCGCCAACGCCGUGCGCGACGUCUCCAACGUCUGGCGGCUCUCAGAGCUGCUGCGCUCCGGCUCGGCCGCCGACGCGGACGUGCUGCCCCCGGGGCUCGACCCGGCCAACCACGUGGUAGUGAUCGGCGAGGCGGGCCGGCUGGCCGCCGAGGGGAGCUCCCUCUACACGGGCUCCCUCGACGGCGCCUUCGCCGCGCUGAGCGGAGGCGCCGAGGCUGCGCCGCCCGUCUCGCCUGGCGAGGUCGCCGUUGGUGGUGCCGUGGAGGAGGAGGGCGCCGCUGAGGUCGCGGGCCGCGCUGAGCGCUCCAGCGCCCCUCGGGCAAAGACCUGGUCGGCGGCGACGGCGGCCGGUGCGGCGGCGGCGAGCUUGCCCGGCGGGAGGGCGGGGCUGAGGGACGCCGAGGAGAGGGAGAGGAGGUGCCAGAUGAUGCUGGCUGGGUGCGACGACUGGCGCGGCGUCGUCCUCUCGCUCGCCUCGCGACUGGCUUACCUCGAUGAGCUGUACCGGCACGGCCUGAGGGAGGGGGCGGCCGGUUCGGCGGCAGAGGCUGCGUCGCCAGCUGAGCCGUACGAUGGCGAGGCGGCGGCGGCGUUUGCGGCGCAGACGCUGAACGUGUUUGUGCCGAUUGCGCACCGGCUGGGGAUGUGGUACUUCAAGACGGAGCUCGAGGAGCUCUGCUUCGCCGCGGACCCGAUCCUGCGAACGCACACCGAGUCGAUCCGCGUGCAGGCGCGGAUGAAGAGUGCGUACUCUGCGUGGUCCAAGAUGCGUCGCAAGCAAGUCACGCUCACCGAGCUGCACGACGUGCUCGGGCUGCGCAUCAUCUUCAAGCCGUCGCAGAGUGGGCGUCUGCCCACGCCGCACCACUGGCAGCGGCAGGCGAUCCUGUGCUACCGCGCGCUGGAGGUGGUGCACCGCGUCUACCUGCCCCUUCUCGGCCGGCGGAUCAAGGACUACGUGGCGUGCCCAAAGCAGAACGGCUACCAGUCCCUCCACUCCUCGGUCCGGCUCGGCAGCUUACGCUCCGAGAUCCAGGUGCGCACGACCGAGAUGCACCGUUUUGCAGAGUUCGGAAAGGCGUCGCAUUGGCUGUACAAGUCGGAGGAGUCGGACGGACUGGAGGACUGGCUCGCCGCCGCCGAGCGCUCGCGCCGCCGCCAGCAGCAGAAGGGCUCCCAAAGGGGCGGCCAGAAGGGCGCGCAGCCGUCGCGCGGCAAAGCGCAGCCGCAGGCGGCGAGGGAGCGCAAGGUGUACGCGCUGGUGCGGAGCGGCGACGGCGGCGACGGCGGCUCGCAGGUGCUCGCGCUGCAGGCGGGCGCCAGACUCGAGGAUGCGUUGCGCGUGCUGCGCGCGCGCCGCUCCGGCAGGGAGUCCCUCGCCCCGCUCGCCACCGCGACGGUCAACGGGCGCACCGUGCGGCGAGGCUACCGGAUCCAGCACGGCGACGUCCUCGCCCUCGUCCCGUCUGCGCGGCUCAACUCGGCCACCAGCAGCGGCGAGUGGUACCGCGAGGCGGAGGUCAAGCACAGCGCGAUCGCGGUGCUCGCCCUCGCCAACUGGCUGCUGCUGUGGGCCUUGGGCGAGACGUCGCCCGCCGCGGAGCCGCUCUCGUCGCCGAGCACGCCGCUCGGCGCCAUCGCGUGGGGGUCUCAGUUCUCGGCCGUCGCGCUGCUCGAGGCGUCCGUGCUGCACGUCUCGACUUCGCAGGCCAUCGCGCGCCUCGCUCGCGAGGGGAUGGACGAGGAGGACGAGGGCGAGGAGGGCGCCGCCGACUGGCGCUCGCUGCCGCGUUGGCUCCGCUUCCUUCCGCCGGCGGACGACCCCGCGUCGGUUGCGGUCUACGCGCUCUCGGAGCGGCUGCGGCCGCUCUCGCUCUGGCUCGGCCGGGUGAGCAUGCUCUCGCUCGCCGCCCUCGCCCUCCGCGCCGACGCCUCGUCCGGGCUGCUGCACGAGUUUCUGGAGCGGCCCGGCCAGCCCCCGGCGGCAGAGCUGCUGCGCGAGGCGAGGGAGGGCGAGCGGGGGGAGGAGGCGAGUGGGCCCUUCGACGCGGCCGCAUCCAUGUACAGCGACGCUGCGAUCGAGCCGCUUGCGAUGGGGGUGGUAAUGCAGGAUGUGUGGCCCGAUUGAGCAUCGCGUCGGUGUGCGUGCCCCGGUUCCGCUGGCUUGGGCGAGGACUUGCUGUCGAGCGAAUUGUGGCCGACUGUUGUUGUGUGCUGCCACUGAGACCAGUGACCUACUUGUUGUGUCGUGACAUUUCGCGCCUGCUAACUGUGCGGAAAACACGGGGGCAAAUC